GGGAUCCGCUCGCUCGAAGAGUGCACCGGUCGCUCACUGCCGCGCUGUCUGUCGAGGCACCCCUCCCUCACUUGCUCGUGUGCCGUCGUGGUCGCCCCCAAGACGAUGCUCGUGCGGCGAAGGCAACCUUCGCCGCCGCCCCGCCGCCCCGCCGCUUUCCGAUGACCCGAGGCCAUUCCGUGAUCCCACCGGUGGAAAUACCGUAAUCGCCCAUCAUCGACGCAUCGCUCGACGAGUGCUGGUGCGUCUUCUGCUUCGUGACGAUCGCCUAAAGCGCGAGCACCGGAGCUUGCGAGGCGUUGGCCUCACUCAAUUGAGUGCUUCUCAGGAACAUCCUUGGGCCCGGAGAGUUCUGAUUGAGGAUUGUUUUUGUUCAACCACCCCGGCGAUCCCCUGUGGAGACUACAAUAUUGGUCACAUGUUUGGCUGAACAAGCAUCUUGCCCCACUCGCCAUGUCCUUAACACUACCACAUUGCCUCACUCCUCUAAGAUCUCCUGAGUGCCUCCCGACGAACAAAAGAGCACCACCAGGCAGCGGCUGCUGCAUACUGUGGCCUCCACGUACUGGCUGCCUUUGAAGGAGGCGACAGCAGCAGCAUGGCGGGCCACCAGGCAAGCUUCUCUGCGAGCCGGUCGGCCCCGGAGGAGGAACGACCGUCGGUGCGCAUCUCGCUGCAACCAUCACAGAUUGCGCUGCCUACGUAUCGCCACUCAUCCGGGGGCAGCAUAAGCCUCGGCGGACGACGCUACUCAGGCCUGCUGCCCAUGCUGUUUGACCGGGCGGCACGCUCCUGGUGGGACCCAAGCUUUGACUCGCACAUCCUUGAAGCCCAGUACAAACGGAGCACAUUCCCGCAGCUGCGCCAGCGGUUCCAGUAUGCCCUCUGCUACUGCGUGCUGGCUUCCCUGCUGUACUGCAUCUACUCGGCCAGCAUGGUGCGACCACACUGGGUUGCUGCCGUCGUGGUGUCGCUGCUGGUAUCGGUGUCGAGCAUGGCCGCUCUUGUGUUCACCCAGUCACGGCACUAUACUGCCAAUUAUGUCAAGGUUUCGCUAGCCACCGUGGUCGUGCUGUGCACGGCAUCUCUUUCAGUGUUUGCGCCCAUUGUACAUGAGCGUGGAGAUGACAGUGCAGUUCACAUCUUGUCCGUGGGGGCCUUCUCGCUCUGCAUCCUGGUGCUGAUGAUCACGUACGCGUUGCUGCCGAUGCCCCUGUAUUUGGUUGUGGCUGUUUGCAGUGCCUACUCGAUACUUUUUGAGAUUCUCUCAGCGCUGCUUAUUCCUACCCUGACGGGCACCGUUGUGGCUGUGCGUGUACUCCUACAGCUGUGUGUUCAUCUCGUCGGUCUGCACACUCGAGUGAUGACUGAGAUUGGAAUGCGUAACACAUUCUUCAAAGUCGGCCAGUCCCUCAUGGUGCGUCGGGACCUUGAAGUGGAGAAGCAGCUUAAGGAAAAAAUGAUUCAUUCGGUCAUGCCGCCCAAGGUGGCCGAGUGGCUUAUGACCAAUGCAGAAGAGGAUGACACAUCCUCUGAGCAACCUCGAAAGCCUUCAACCAGCCCCCGGCCCUCCCAGAUGAUCUUCCGUCCCUUCAACAUGCACCGCAUUGAAAAUGUCAGCAUCCUCUUUGCCGACAUAGUUGGCUUCACGCAGAUGAGUGCCAACAAGAGUGCCGAGCACUUGGUGGGCCUUCUGAAUGACCUUUUUGGGCGCUUUGACUAUCUCUGCAACAAGCUUGGAUGUGAGAAGAUAAGCACUCUUGGAGACUGCUAUUACUGUGUCUCCGGAUGUCCUGAGCCUCGUCCCGACCACGCCCGUUGUUGUGUGGAAAUGGGACUUGCCAUGAUACGUGCCAUUGCUGAAUUUGAUGAGGACACUAAUGAGUCGGUGAACAUGCGUGUUGGUGUUCACACAGGCACUGUACUGUGUGGCAUCGUGGGCACCAAGCGCUUCAAGUUUGAUGUGUGGUCCAAUGACGUCUCCUAUGCCAACAAGAUGGAGUCAACUGGACGACCUGGCAGAGUGCACUUGUCAGACAGCUCCCAUGCAUUCCUUAUAGAUCAUUACUACAUGGAGGAUGGUCCAAUGGACCUCAAUCGUAAGACCUACUUCAUCAGAGGCCGCAAGCCAACAGCGUUUGACAAGGCACAACAGAUGGCAUCACGACACUCCUGGCCCCACACCAUCGGUUUUACUGAAACGGCAAAGACCAUUGACACUCGAAAAGUCAGCUGCCCAGCCCACCAACCUGGUGACAUUGAAGAAGAAGAAGUUGCUCCCAUGCUGCCCCCUGUCCACCGCCACAGCAGCCUCUCAACACUGAACAGCAGCCGCAAAGAUUCUGGCAUUCGGAGCAGGCAGAGCAGCAUUCAGGACACAAUGCCACGGCAAGCUAAGGCGCUACGCUUUAAUAACAAUGUUCCUGUGUUUGUCAGCAUGUGGCAGGUGAACAUCGUAAAGCUCCUGGACACUCCAACGCCGCUGUAUGCGCAGCGGGCCAGUGGUUACUGCUCAAGCUACACCUCCGUGGCUGACACGGGACGGUCCAGUGGCUCUAGCCUGCGUGGCUACAGCAUAUUCGUGGACCCUGCACUGAUGCUCAACGAAAGCCUGUCACGGUUGCGCCACCUCCGCAAACAGUCGGACCUGCAGAUGAUACGCUGCAUCCAACAGGACUCUUGUACCAUGGACUACUUCAUACGGCCACCUGUGAACCCUGUGACCCUCUUCUUCAAUGACUCACAGAUGGAGCGGAACUACCGGCACCGCCUUCACCACCGUGACCUUGCACCCACUAUGGCCUCUGCCUCGUUCACCACUUACUUUGACAUCUUUGUGGCUCUGGGUUUUUAUUUGAUAAUCAUGUUUGCCUGCUUUGUGCUGUUUGAUACACCAGUUUCGUGGUUAUUGUUUUGCCUCUUUGCCACAAGUGUGCACCUCUGCAUUUUCAUGCUGUGCAUCCGUGAAAUUCUGGCUACCCGGGGCCACUGGGUGGCCGACUGUUUAGCGCAGAUCUACCGCUACUGCACUGAGUGGUACCCUUGGCACGUGGUUGGACUUGUCCUGGUCAGUUUUCCCAUUGGUGCCAUAUUUUCAAAUUUCACCUGUGCUGGUGUGCUUUCAACCCCAGAGCGCACCAAUGCAUUUUGCUACGUGGUCUUUGUCUCUCUUCUGCACUUCUGCAACUUCACCCAGCUCAACUUCUGGCUGCGCUCCCUGCUGGCCACAUGUGCAGGGGUAGUUUUAGCGCUCCUUAUAGGCCUGCCAGCAUGCCCAUGCCCUUUGCGCAGUCCUGCUCGUAAUAUCACACACCUUGAGAUCAUUUCUGAUCUGGGUGUGGAGCUGCCAGGCGUCACUUUCCAUCGUGACUCGUACAGCUGCAACCAGUCGGCCAUUUACGAGAUAGUGCUGCACGUUGUGCUCAAUACAAUUCUAGUCUGGCUGCUAAAUCGCGAGUUUGAGAUAAGUUAUCGGUUGAGCUUUCAUGGCAGCGCCAUGGCAGCCCGUGACGAGCAGCGCAUCCAGUCGAUGAAGAACCAAGCUGACUGGCUCUUGCACAACAUAAUUCCUCGCCAUGUUGCCGAGCAAUUGAAGAACACUUCCAAGUACUCUGAGAACCAUCGUGAUGCCGGGAUCAUUUUCGCAAGUAUUGUUAACUUUCAUGAAAUGUAUGACGAGUCAUAUGAAGGAGGCAAGGAAUAUCUACGUGUCCUCAACGAACUUGUGGGCGAUUUUGAUGAGCUGCUUUCAAAGCCACUUUUUCGCAAUGUCACGAAGAUCAAGACCAUUGGGAGCACGUUUAUGGCAGCUUCCGGACUUAACCCCAAGCUGCGACGUGAAAAUCCGCAUCCUUUCACGCAUCUUUUUGAACUUAUGGACUUUGCGAUAGCGAUGCAACAAGUGAUUGAGAAUUUCAAUCAGAACCUUCUUGAGUUUAACUUCGUAAUCCGCAUUGGCUACUGCUACGGGGAUGUCACAGCGGGUGUCAUUGGCACAACCAAGCUCUACUAUGACAUCUGGGGAGAUGCUGUCAACACUGCCAGUCGGAUGGAUUCUCAUGGAGUUCCUGGGCGAAUACAGAUUCCUGAGCACUGCCUUCAGGUAUUGCAGGAGCUGUACGUAUUCGAGUCACGGGGUUCAAUAUACAUAAAGGGGAAGAACAACAUGAAUGUGUACCUCCUUGUGAGGAAGAAAGACAAAGUCUUGUAUAGGAUUCUUCCGUCGACGCAGCGGCCGAGCCUUACUACAACAUCCACUGCAGAUGAAAAAGAGAAAGUCUCUCCAGCGCCUGAUGAACAAGCAAAAGGUGAUGAAGCUGAAAAGGAAGCGAAAAGUGAACAGGUAUUGCCAGUGUAAUGGUGUGUCUGGCUUAAUGUAAGCCUUGACCCAAAUUAGUAUCUCGUCAACAAACGUGGAUAUCAGUGAUUGACGUUUUGACAAUAUGCAAGCUGCCAUACUGCGGUCAACAAUAGGCAUAUAGCGGGGACACAGAAGAACUUGAUCAAAAUGCUAAGUUUCGUGAAAUGGCAGUGCUUUGAAUGCAUGUGUAUGUAGAUGUGUGCUUGAAUUGUGUUGCUUGUCAUAGUAUACUACAUGUAUGUGUGGAUGAGUGUGUGAAUAUGUGUUUUAAACUUACUAAGAACUUCAGCUAACAGACAAAGAUGUAAUGAUGUGCUGAAUCUCAUUGAGGAUAGCAAUGCUUGGUGUUUUACACAAUACUGUCAUUCUUUGAUUUCCACCUUAUGAAGGUCAACUGGCAAAGCCAAGAUGAUGUGUUCAUGAGACUGCAUUAAGCUAAGGUGAAAAGACAUGUGAACAAAAUUCAGUAUGGGAAAUCUAGAAAUGCUUUGGAUAGCAGUGUUUUAUGUAGAAGUCCUUUCUGUAUAUGUGUGUGUGUUUCUGUAAGAUUUUAUACUAUGUUGUUCGUUGGCAGCUAUAUGGGAGAUUCACUGAGAUGCAUCUUUAGGUAAUUGUGAUCUAUUUUUUGUUAGUUGUCAGUAAUGUUUACAGUUUAUACUCUUGUUUUAAUACUGUGUCAUUUGCAUUCAUUGGUUUGCAGGCCUUGCUGCAUGGCUUCACUUCUCACUUCAUCGUCAUUAUCUCAGAAACCACUUAUUUCUUCCUCUCUGUUGUUGGUUGUUGUAGUAGCUGUGAACAGUUGUGCAUUUUCUUAACAAGAUUCUCUUCUUGUUCAUAUAGUGUGUCAUAUCGAAACAGUGUUUUUGUAAGAGGCUACUGAUACAAAGCAUGAGAUGGGAACUGCAUGCCAAUUUAGGCAAAUUGCAGUCGUGAGUAGCUUAUGCGCACAGCUUUGACGAUAGACCUCAGUUGUUUAAUGGUAUCACGUGGUUCAGAUUCUGUUCCUUCUAUUUUUGCUGGGCUUGCAGCUGUUUAGCUCUUUAAGUGUUGGGUGUCUUUUUUCCAGUCAGCAAAUUCAGUUUCUAAGUAACACAUUUCCAGACAUUAAAUUCAAAUGUUAUUUAUUAACAAUGUGUAGCGGAACGCUUCGCAAUUUUUUUUGUAUAUGAAGAUUGAAACAGAUGAAACAGAAUAAGAUUGCAGCUUACUAAUUAUGAUUACUGUUUCUUAAGCAACAUGGUCUCUUUCUCAAUGACCCUUGAAGACACCACAUAAACCACAUAAAAGCCCUCCUAAUCAGAGUUCAUAAGCAAAUUCUUUUGUUUCCACAUCGUUUAAAGGUUUUUUAUUUCUGCAUUGAGAAAAAGCACGGGCCUUUUGCAUGGGCCUGCCACACCAGAAAACCACAUAAUAGACACUUAUAUUCAAUAAACGUCAUCACACGAUCUGUCAUGUAAAAACAGUACCUACAAUUAAUGUUUAAUUUUAAUUAGCUUUUAAGCAUAGAGAGAGGAGCCAGUCUAUGAGUGUUUUACAUUCACGAAUCAUUUCCAGCAUGGUCAGGGGUACACAUCGCUGGCUUUACAGGUGUGCUACAGCAUGGGACUGAAAGGGUUAAAUAACACACCCUGUUCAGAUUGUCAUUUCUCCAUUUUCAUUCUAUCAUCUACAUUUUGUUAUCACCAGCACAUUUCGGGAUUUGUGUUGGUGAGUGAGAAAGAGCACAUUCAGUGCCAUGGAAUGCAUUUUAAUGAAAUGGGGCUUUAAGGGACCAGGAAACAUGUUUGAUGUACCAUGUCGUUUUGUUAUGUAAGACCAAGCUAUUUGCAGGCUGGUUGUUUAGACUAUCUGGGCUGCGGGAAUAUGUACUGUAGUUAUGUGUGUUGUAGCAAGAAGGAAACACUUCUAAAUUUUUUAUGGCUUAGUACUUUUAUGCCCUUUUACACAGAAUUCAGCAUAGGUAGAUUUUAAAGAGCGGAUACGUUGCAAAUUUGAUUCUGUUUUAAUUUUUUGCAGUGCUGUGUUAGCAUCUGCUGACUGAAUUACAAUGCAGAAUCUUUCAUAAGCGCCAGGUAGUUGUAGGGGCCCUUAACCACCUUUAUGUGAAGUCUCAAGUAUGCAGGCUUUGAAACAAUGUGCCUCCCAGGAAUGUAUUACCGAAAGAAUUUCUAAGAUGUCCUAGUAUAUAUGAAUGGAGAUGCUACGAGCACACUGCUCGGCCUUUUUAUUCAUCCUCAACAUUCUUUGCUCUAAAGAAGUCAGGUGGUAUUGAUGGCAACACUUCCUUUAUGGCAUUGCGUUUCGUUCCUAUGAGCUGGUGCAGCCAAGAGUGAGAAGGCGACAGUUUGUUUCCCUAGGAAGCGUGUACUUGUUAUCAAAAUUGGAAAUGCAGAUUUUUUACUGCUACAGCCUGUUUAGUUGAUUGCAUUAAUGAAUACAAGUAGCAAAAGUUGGAAAAAGUGUAGUGAUCCAAACAUCCUGCCUGCUUCAUGUUGAAUAUUGGCCAAUGACAGCUGUCAAUGGAAAUCUGCCCAACAUCAUUAGGGGAUAGCUACUGGUGUCUGCCACACUACUGGGAGCAGGUUUCUGUUAAAAAACAAGGGGCACUUACAAACAUGCCAACUUUGCACUCUACUUGUGAAGUCCAUACACCACUCAUAGCUAUAAAGUUUGGCUGGCUUCUAUCCAUGGAAUAUGUUUUAUCAUAAUACCCAGUGGGUGGUUCAGGGUCCCUUUAAUGUUACCAAUGAAUUAUUCCACAGUGUGAUUUCAAUUCCUUCAGCUAUGGAACUUUCUGCAGUUGAUAUCGUUGUGAUGCCUUGACACAGAUGCACAGACUUUAUAAGACGUGAUUGGAAGGAGCUAAUGUGGCAAGGAUGGGUUGUGAAACAUACACACACCAAAGCCCUGAAAGUUGGGAAAAGUAUUGAAUGUUCCAGUGCUCAGGAAGGAGAGUGGCAGAAAUGACUGCACGAAAUCUAAAUACUGGCUGUUUCUUCAGAACUUUUACAGAAGGGUGGCAUUUGACAGAAGAUUUUGUUUGAUACCAUGUUUGGGAGCAAUACUACCCAUUUCACCCAGAGUUGUCGUGAAGGUAGCAUUGUCUGUAGUGAUGCUGAGUGGACAGUAUAUUCACUGAUUUGGAGGAAUGGUGGUGCCAUCUGUCAACAGGCAGGUAAAAAUCUUCUGCAGGGAUGACAGACUGUGUAGCAUUGAUGUGCAGGUGAAGUGGAUGAAUAAUAUUGGAUGAAUAACGACAUCUUCACGCAGAAGUGGAUUAUGGUUUGCUCUACGUAUGGCACUGCCAUUCCUGCCCCUGACAAAAUCUGCAUUCUUAGUCUGACAAUUACAGCAGGUGACAUGUAGAAUCGAGCUCACUGUUUGCUGUAGAAGUUUGUUACACAAAACACGAUUCUUUCUCAGAACAUGGCUGUUUCUGGAAGGCAAGAAACAUGUUUGCUGAGGGUUCGGAGUAUGAAAACAGUGCCUGUGGCACUUACUGCCAGAAGUUUCUGAAUAAGGUCUGCUUCAUUAGCGCUGUUCCAGUGAUUGCUCAUAAUCAUCAGUAACCAUCAGGCAAUCUAAAUGUUCACUGCAUGUAUCCUAGUGUGCCACGGUAAUUAUGCUACUGCAGUUUUUAAUGUUUGACAUGCAACUGUAUACAUCAUGAUUCCGACGUGAUUAAAGGGACAAAGUGGUGCCAGCUCUAACCAUCAUACAAAGUGCUACUGAUUUCAGAAACCAUGAUGGAAAAGAAAAAAAGGGUACAAUCUGAGUUUGCUUGAGAGCCAGCCAGUGAAAUAAAGAAGGGAAGAAGUUCAAUGUAUUCCAACAGGAACGCUGUUCUUUGGUAGCACUUGGCACUAAUGCAUUUUUCAGUACGAUUUAUUACUUUCAUGUAUGAUGCUGCUACAAAGGCUGUGGCUAGCCUUUUAAACAUGUUGUACAUAAAAAAAAAUCUUUUUCCAACUUCUGCUUAUGCUUUAUAGCCAGGCUUUUCACGUAAGUCUCACUUUGUGCCUUGGCUGACCACCAUGCCCCUGCAUAGCAGUUUCCUCUGUUUAUUCUAGCCAAGCUGACAGGACAAUUGGGCUAGUGUGACUCCAUAGGCCUCUUGCAACACUUGUCGGUCAACAAAUUACAGUUAACACUAAGCAGUCACACUUUCGUAUUAAUUCUGGAUGAAAUUAGCUAGUGCUGCCUCCAAACGUUUCACUGCACAAAACUGCCUAGUGCUGCCUCUCUGUGAAGUUGUACUGCAAAUGAGUUAAUAGCUUUGUAGCACAGCUAAACUUAUGUUCCUAAACUGUGCAACUAUGUCGACUGUGAAAUUGAUAUUCCUUCAGACUGUCAAGUUAGACUAGACUCUCUUGCCUCUUUCCCGUAAGUGCUGAUGAGCAUCUGUUACAUUCUGUGGUUUGCCUGGCCUUCAAUACACGAGUCUGGAAUCUGUGUGAAGAAAACACCUUGUAAAAUAAUGUUUUACACAUAGCAAAAUUAUGCACAGUGUUGCAAGGUUAGCAGCCGCGUUCAUGUAUAUCUGAAGAACAAAAAUUUAGACAUGCAGUUGUUGUGUUUCUGCCCCUUAGUGAAUGAAGCAUCCGACGUGUGUUUGUCAUAUUUAGUUUCUCAUUACUUAUGACAGAACCUCAUAGGUAUUCAUGUAAGCUUGAUGGUACAAUACUAGAAAUUUUUAGUAUGUGUACUUCUUGGCAUUAACAUCCUAGUGAAAUGCCGAUACGAAAGUGCAGAAAUAAGUGCUGGUUCUGAUUCCUUGUGUGGUUCUGUAUUCUAUCAGCUAACAUAAAGGUUUUUGUGGUCACACCAACUUGACAACCAAGAAGUGCCACACAAUACGUCGCAGUACAUUUGGUUCUGAAAAAGUGUUACCAGAUUCAUCCACUGGUAGCUUUUCCUUCAUGUCAUUCCGCUAAUAUGGUAGUGCCAAAGCACAUGCACACUGUCUGAAGUUCUGUAUUGUAUGUUCCAGGAUACUAAUGCUAUAGGCUAACAAAUUUUCUGCUUAUUUGUGCUGAAAGAGAGCACCUGGCCUAGUGACAAACUGUGCAGCGUAAAAUUUUCUUUGUUUUAAAUAAAACUCUUCUUGCGUUACAUGAUAAAUAAUUGUUUUAAAUCAAUGUUAACACAACCCUGAAGUAGCACAUUGUGCAGAACAGUGCGUGUGAAGCUGCAUCAUGAGAGCUUAAGCGUUCAAGCAUGAUGUGCUUGCGCCUGACGGUUAUGUUUUGCUAUGGCACAAACAGGCAUGUUAUAGGAACCACUGUUUUUCAGCUGCUGCUGUACAAGUUUGCAGCUGAAGCCAAAAGACAAGCCAUGCCACCUUCCUGAAUUUACACAACUUUUUACCGAUACUAGAUGUCUAGGCUUUGUACUUUUCUAAAAAACAAAAAAAAUGUUGUUGUUGUGCCUAGGGUAGUGAAAACACGGUUCAAUCCAAAGUGUUUGCACCUCGCACUGGGGAAGAAUAACUGUCUUCUCAAACAAAGCAUCUAGUCAUGUGUUUUUGACUUUCACAUAGCACUGGACGAGCAGUCUAUUGUUGAUGACAAUAUCAUCUACAGGCAGACACUGUGUAAUGUGUGAAGGUGCCUGGUUCGAAAAGCGUUUGUCACAGAUUUCAGGCCCUUGGAGGAAAUCUUUGCACCAUUUUUACACACAUAUUCUGCCUCAUGCUCUGGGGUUGCAUUCCAACAGUCUGGGUGCACAGCUAUGCCUGACGGCUGGAACACGCUUGUUUGCAGGACAAAUGGGCAUCCCUUUGGCAAUCAGGAAGCAACCCUAGUACCAAGUGUCUCCUUUGCUCUGCCUUGUUAAUGUUCACACAAAAACUCAGUCACAAGUGUCUGUAGCACUGCAUGCGCUUUUUAUACCAAUUCCUUUGGAGAAAGCGCCUCUCCCGGUGUGUUGUUUACUUGAAUUUUGUAUGCUCUGUGCUAAAUGCUGUAGCAGUAUGGUACCCGGUAAACGCACUUCCGUGUCCAUGAGAGAGAAAUGGGCGCCUUUGGGAUCUCUCUGUGGUCCGCCCAAAGCCACGUGGCCACCAUAUGUGGGGAAAGCCCAGUAUUCUAAAGGUGCCAAUAAUAUCUGUUGCCUGCCAGAAACUUAUUUGGAAUGAGCUCUUCAGUGUCACCUUGCACACACCAAAGCACAGUAUUACUGUGGCAAUAGUGCAUGGUGCCAGGAUGUUGUUUCUUACACGUGUGCUUCUAUAAAACAUUAAACUGAGAAAUACAGGCAGAAAAGAAGAAAAUGCAGUUGGACUUUUCUAGUCAUGUGGAUUUCUGGAAUGUUCAUGUGAAUGUGGCUGGCCAUUACAUCUGUGGUGAACUGUGUGCUUUCUGUCCAUUUGUGUCCUACUGCUGACCACCACAGACUUAAUACUACUUUUUGCAUAUCAUUACCUUCACACUGGGGAUCAUCUACACAUGUAUUUGUUAAAUGUGAUCUUUGCGCUAUACCUGAGAUGUUUUAAAAGGGGAAGAAGUCAUUUGUUGUUUCUGGAUGAGAUUGAUUGCUAGCUUGUUGGAUCGGAUUUUUUUACUCAUAUGUCCUUGAAGAUCAAAAGGUUUCUUUUGGAAAGCUCUGUUGCUUUGUUAAUGUAAAAAUGUGUUGAUAUUACUGUAAUGUUUUAAGUUUGAGAGUUUAACAUUCACUGGUCACUGCAUUCUAAAACAAAGCUUUUGUAUUCAUAUUUAGGUGUAUAUAUUGACAACUAUGAAAAAAAUUUUACAUGCUUGUUUUCUAUGUACAGUAUGUCUUUGCUGUCUGUACGAGGGGUUCCCAAAUAAAUUAUUUAUUCAAUUUGUA